GACAGCUUCCUGACACGCAUCCGAUUCGCCAUCUCUCACAGCCUGAGCUGACAGAACACUGAGCUGACGUCCAGGACACCCUAGCGUGCUUAUAGGCUCUCUGGGCAUCAGUUUUCACCUCAGGAAGUGAGAUAUGGCGCUGGAAAGAGCACUGGCUGCUCCUGCACAAGACCAGGGUCAAGUUCCCAGCAUGUUCCUAAUCUUUAACUUCCAUUUCUGGGAGCCAGGGCCCUCUACUGACCUCUGGGCACUGAAUGCACAGGACCCAGGAGACCAUGGGCACCUCAAGGCUCUAUACCCUGGUGCUGGUGCUGCAGCCUCAGCGUGUCCUCCUGGGCAUGAAGAAGAGAGGCUUUGGUGCUGGCCGCUGGAAUGGCUUCGGGGGUAAAGUGGAGGAAGGAGAGACCAUUGAGGACGCGGCUAAGAGGGAGCUUCAGGAAGAAAGCGGCCUGACAGUGGACGUGCUGCACAAGGUGGGCCACAUCUCGUUUGAGUUUGUGGGUUCCCCCGAGCCGAUGGACGUGCAUAUCUUCUCUGCUGAACACGUGCACGGGACGCCCACAGAGAGUGACGAAAUGCGUCCUCAGUGGUUCCAACUGGACCAGAUCCCUUUUGCAGACAUGUGGCCGGAUGACAGCUAUUGGUUCCCACUGCUGCUUCAGAAGAAAAAGUUCUGUGGGCACUUCAGGUUCCAGGAUCAGGACACCAUCCUUGACUACUCGCUGCGUGAGGUGGAUGAGCUCUAACCCAGAGGUCUGCUUCUGCCCGGGUGCUCCUGUUUCUGCACAGCCACGGCUGUCUGUCCAAGGGCACCCUGAAGAAGGGCUGGCUGCAAGACGUUGUGGCUAAAAUGUGAAAUGUCGCCAAGACAUGUCUGAACAUUUCGUUCCUACCUACUGGUACUGUUUUAGACAGUUAUGGCACUUGUAGAAGGCAGAGCACUGAUGGGGAAACUGAGUCACUGAGGGUCUGAGAUGAAAGACAGCCCUUAAGGUCUUAUGAGUAAGCCCCACUUCCUGUCUGCUCUCUGCUUCCUGACUGAUGACAAGACCAGCCCCAUAACACUCCUGCCACUAUGCCUUAUCUGCUGUGAGAGACUGUCUCUCUUGAUCUGUGAGCCAAAAUAAACCCUUGCUCCUCCACGUUGCUGUGUGAUUGCAGCAUCAAGAACAGUGAGUGGUGUGAGUGGAGAGGAGAGACCUGCCAGGCAGCGAGACAGUCAAUUCUGUCUUGUUACACUACCCCAGACAGGGUGGACAGACACCAAAGGUGAGGUGAGAGCUGUUUUCACACAGAGAUGACAAUCUGAGUGAAAAAGUAGAAUCUCUGAAGUGUUUGCUGAGUGCAGGCUGCCAGAGUGGACACCCAAAGAAAAUCUGCAGGGAGCAGGUGCAUAGAGAGAAGCUAGUGCCACUGGUCUCAUGUGUCUCCGAGGAAGACAAGUAUGCCUCUGGCCAGGAGCUGGGCUGCCAACCAGGACCAGGACUCCAGGUAGGGGCUGGUCUGACUGAAAGAAAGGCUGUAUCCACAGGAUUAUAUAGAUCCAGGGUAGGCAAAUCAGGUAAAAAUAACCAAUCAGAGCAGAGCCUGCAACACCUGAGAAGCACUGCCUCAGGGUUCCAGCCAGGUCCCUGCUGUCGUGAUGGUGGCAGUGAAGCAUUCCCCUCGUGGCACAGCCCGAACUUCUGGGGGCUGCAUCUUAGACCUCACAAUGGAAGUGAUUAUCAAUGGAUCUUGAAAGCACGCUAUUUUCACGCUGCAUCUGAACCAUCCCUAACUGCUGUUUUCAAGAGGAGGGAGCCGUUAGGGAGACCCAAGAGGGCUGAGUGAUGGCUCAGUGGUGCUGUUCUUGCAGAGGACCAGAGUUCAGUCCCCAGCACACACACUGGGCAGCUCUUAACCACCUGUAACUUCAGCUUCAGCGGCUGACACCUUCUGACCUCCCCAGGCACCAGCACUCAUGUACACACGCCCCUAUACACACAAUUUACAAUAAAGUAUACACAUAUACGGUAAUCAUACUCAGAAGCUAUGGAUAGCUUAGCUGAACCUCCAUAAAGCGAAAGGGGCCUAGACGUAAAUGCUGAGAUUGGGGCAUCACUGCAGCCCCUCCUCUUGACUCACUUUUGAGCAGGUGCGUGGGAUGGCAGUGAUGUGUAUGAGUACAGGCACCAUGGAAGUCAGAGACGGCGAUGCCACUGGAGCUGAAGUGAGGACACUGGGAGCAAUCUGACGUGGGUACUAGGAACUGAACUCGGGUCCUCUGAAGAGCAGCAAGCGCUCUUAAUUACUGAGCCACCUCCAGCCCUUAUGGUGUCAGUCUUACCUGUCAACCUGACAUUAUUUAGAAUGACCUGGAAGAGCGUCUCAGAGAGGGCUGCAGAUCAGGGUGGCCUGUGGGCAUGUCUGGGAUUGUCUUGACUUCCCCUCGGAAGGGAAUGCUGCACCAUGCCAGAGUGCAGAAAGCAAGCUGGGCUGUGGCUCGCACUCUCUGAUCUGUUCCCUGCUUAACUCUGGAGGGAACGUGUCCAGCUGGUUCAAACUCUCACUGCGAUCCCCUGCUCCCCCAAAGUGACAUGAGUUAAACCCUUUUGCACUAUAUUUCUUUCAUUGGGGAAAUGGAACUCAACUAAUCCAGCCCUAAAGACAGAUCACAGAUGACUGUGAAGUCCUACUUAGUGAGUUAGUGGGUUCUCUGGGGUUACUUACAGGAAUGUGGGUGAGGGCUCAGCUCACAGGAGCAGGGACUCCUCAAACAGCAAACUUGGCCUGGGCUAGGUCUGACAACUGCAGCCCUCGAGGGGGCUCAGCAGGUCAGAGUCUCCUCCCCUUAGCAACUGUCACUGUGGGCACCACCUCAGGGAGGGAUCUCGUGAGCCAUGUACAUUCCAGGUUCUGAGUCUGAGGACCCUCCCUCCAGGUGGAGGGAGGAAGCUACAUACAACACUCUGCCAACAGGGACCCGCAGGUUAGGGGCAACUGCCCACCCCGAAACUCCAGGCUCCGGUUUCCAAGACUCAUUUGACCAUGCUCAUGGGGGUUUCUGAAGAGAAACUGCAUCAUGGAAACCAUCUGUAAACACUUCCAGUUUAUUGGGUGUGGCAGUAACUGAUUCCCGCAGUCCAUAAAGUGCUUCAUCCAUCAAGCGGAGCCCACAUCAUCAGCUUCCUGACUCCCUUCACCCAGAGCCCCACUGCCCCUGCCCAGCUGUUCAGCCAGGCAGGCUAAUUCAAAGUAGGGAGCACCCAGAGAAACUGUUCCCUUCACUCCCAUUCUGCUGGCCCCAGGACUGUCCAGUUAAGGCUAAGGCUGGGCCCCACUCGACCCAGGAAAAGGGGCAAGCAGGAGGGAGAUCCAGCGAUACUUGUGCUUCUCCAUCUUUCUGGCAGCCACAGGCAUGCUGUGGAGUGGCACACAGCUUGGGCAGCAGGAUGCCAGAAGCGUGCAGGGACUCUUGGUUCCGCUGCACCCUGGGAGUGGAACCUCAAGUUUGGAGUCAGGUACCCACAGCCCAGUCUGGGAGUGACUGUGUGAGAAAAGGCAGGCUCCAUUGCCAGGCUUGGGGUCCUGGAGCACUAAACACAGGGGCGGGAGAUCGGUAAAGGAAACGGCUCACAUCCAGGUGGAACCUGCUGCCCGACAGCCUGGUGGGAAGCAGCCCACACUCUUGCUCCUGAGGUCUGGGCACCCAACAGGGAUGCCCAUCUCCGGUGCUCCUCCACAAGCCCUCCUCACUCCCACCCUCCAAAACCCAACACAAGAAAGGACCCCGAGCCCUGAUCUACCGUAGACCUCGAGAGGCUGUGGACCUGGGCUCCAUGGAUAGCACUGGAGUGAAAUCUGUCCUCCAAAGCACCAAACCCUGCACACUCCGCUCCCUCCUGCAGCACACUUCCCGCCUGGCCUCAAACACGCCUCCCAGAAUGUCUGCACGCCCUAGCCUAUGGUCCCGUUCCCACCCUCAGGGAUUGAGCAGCUCCUUGCCAGGCCAUAGGGCAGGCCAGUCCUUCAACCUGUUUGCUGCUAGGUUAACCCCUAGGCUCCCCCAGCACUCAGUGACCUUCCACACUCCCCCAGACACACCACU